AUGGUCAUUGCUUCUCUGUUUAAGGCUUUGUGUCUGUCCUCUUGUUCAUCGCCGUUGCAAGUCGUCCGACCUUCAGGCAAAAAGGUUUUCAACGUUCGACGCUAUGGUGCUAAAUCUGACGGAAAAACUGAUAACGCCAAUGCGUUCACAAAUGUAUGGAAAAGCGCAUGCGCAAGAAGUGGAAGUAGUAAAAUCUACGUACCAAAAGGAACAUUCUAUCUCGGUGGUGUAGAGUUUAUAGGGCCAUGCAAAAAUCAGAUUGAAUUCGUCAUUGAUGGAACUUUAUUGGCUCCUUCAAACCCUAGAGAUAUUAAGCAGGACACUUGGAUCAACUUCAGGUACAUCAACAAUCUAUAUAUCUCCGGUACCGGUACACUCGAUGGUCAAGGGAAGCAGUCUUGGCCACUCAAUGACUGCCACAAAAACACCAAUUGUCCUAAACUAGCUAUGAAUCGAUGGGAUAACAUCACUCAACAGCAAAAUGGGACACUUAACUUCUUCUCCGUCCAUCACUUCAACAUUACUGGCGUCACCGUAACAGCUCCCGGCGAUAGCCCAAACACCGACGGUAUCAAGUUCGGUUUCUGUAGCAACAUUCGCAUCUCUAACACAAACAUUGGUACUGGAGACGACUGUAUCGCCAUUCUUUCUGGAACCAUCAACAUGGAUAUCUCUAACGUCAAGUGUGGUCCUGGACAUGGGAUUAGUGUCGGAAGCUUAGGGAAGAACAAAGGCGAGAAAGACGUUAACGGUUAA